GGUAGGUUUUUGGUUAUAGAGGAGGGCAGAUGAUAACCCUUAGAGUAAUACACAGUCCUUUUAGCUUUUAUAGGAACCCUGGAUUAUGGUUAUUUGUACAGCGUGUCCCGUUAUUGUGUUUGUUUUUCUUGUUGAAGCUGCACUUCCGCGUUGACGUCACCUGACGCACAUCAAGGAGGAGGGCAAUCCGUGCUUUUCACACACACACACACACACACCAUAAUAACCUUCGACUCGUAUCGUCUUCUCGCGCACCGGACGCGUCGGCUUUAAUGUUAUUUUUGUUUGUUUUGAUCGGAUUCGUUACAAUGUAGCGUUCAGACCUCCCGCUUCACACGUGUCCGGUUUCUUUUGAAGUGUGAUCGCGUGAGUGUGUGUAUGUGUGUGUGUUCUGAUCAUCCGGAAUGACAUCGCGCUGACAGUCCAGAGGCCCGAGGACACUUUGGACACGGUCGCAAAACUUCGGAAACAGAAGAGCAACUAGUGUGAAGUCAUGACCUUGUGUUUAGCGCCGUUUUGGAUGAGUUCCACAUCUGGAGUUUAAGUCGGAUCUCAUCCACAUCAGACUGUCAAACUCGGUUCUUUAGAGAUCGUUGUUUUUUGUUUGUUUUGUUUUGUUUGUUUAUUUGGGAGACCCCCGAACAGUGCGUCCUAACCAAAAAAAACCAAAACAAAUAAACACAUGGGCCCCAAACAGAGCAGUCCGGCGGCUAGUGCUCGUCUCAGGGCUUACUCGGGCUCGGAUGUGCCCUCUCCCACCAGCACCGCCGCCGGCUCCGGGAGCGCGUCCGCAACCGCGAUUCGGUACUACACAGGAAACCAGCAGCAGGUCGGUGCCAACAGGCGGUACCCCGCAGACAGUGCGAGACCCAACUCGCUUUUCCAGCCCACCAGCAUCAUUGCGCAAGGUGGCGGCCCUCGGAGCGACGAGGACCCCCACGGAGAGCGAAGUCAGUCCGGCCCGAGACUCCUGAUAGGAUCAUUACCAGCCCACCUGUCCCCUCACCUGCUCGGAGCUGGAUUCAACUGUCCUGUGUGUUCAAAGUUUGUUGCGUCUGACGAAAUUGACCUUCACCUCGUCAUGUGUCUCACCAAACCAAGACUCACUUAUAACGAGGACGUCUUGAUGAAGGACUCAGGGGAGUGUGCAAUAUGCUUGGAUGACAUGGUCCAGGGAGACACCAUUGGCAGACUGCCCUGCCUCUGUAUCUACCACAAAGGGUGUAUUGAUGAAUGGUUUGAGGUGAAUAGAUCGUGCCCAGAACACCCUACCGAUUAAACAAUUGCUAACAGGUUCUUUCUUGUCGUCACUGAAGACCACACAGCAUGUGAUCCAGAGAUUCAGUGAUUUCACGAAGACCUGUCAUCACCUCAAAAUUCACACCUGUGCCAAAAGACGAUUAAUACUGACUCAGGGAUCCUGCCCAUAUGUGAUUUAUUAUUUUCCAUCCUCCCUUUUCCUUUUUAACACCAAAGGACAGCAAGAGUGAAAAACGCACCACUGUGUUGCACCAUCUGGGCUUCUGGGUGUGGCUUCACUUUAUCUACACCGGACACAUUUUAUUCCUUCUGAGUAGGAAACGCAGCUCAGGAGAACGAGCUUCAUGGCCACGGAUGCUGGGGAAUUUAGGGAGGAUUUUUCUUUACAUCUGGAGUAGCAACUAAAUUUCACCUCUCCGUUUAAAAGAAACGGUUCAUUUGUUCUUUUUGUCUUUUGCUGCUAUGUUUCACAGGCAAUAGUCGUAAAUUAAAUUAGAUUUUUUUUUUUUUUUCUUUUUUUUUUUUGUAUGAGUUUGGGUUCCAAAUUUCACAGGAACACACUGUUAAAAGCUGACUGUAACCCGAUCACUUAUUGUCGACGCUUGACGUGUACAGCGCCACGGUAUGACAGCACAGCUUUUUUGAAAUUCACGCGGCGAGUCGUUAUUUCAAGUUCAUUGGUUGAUUUGACACUUUACAUAAGGCUAUCCCAUGCUUAUAUAAGGUGUGUACCGUAGGUAGGUAUUACACAAACCAACUCAAAUUUACUUGUUCAAUUGUACAUUUUUUUUUUUUUCUGAAAAAAAGAAUUUGUAGAAAUGUUAUGGGGUGAUUUUUAUUUUUUGGGUAAUGCCACCAAACCAAUACAUUGCACUCAUAUAGUAUAAUAGACUUAUAUGUAGAAAAAAAUCCACAUGAUGAAUUUCAUAAAUUUUAUCAUCAGUUUUUGGUUAUAUGACAUUUCAUAAGGAAAUACCACUGCGACUGCAUUGAAAAUAUGUCUAACAAGUGCAAUUUAUAAAAAUGAUAAAUAUUCAUCAAAACAUUUUAAUAUUUAAUUAUUGCCAAUCUGUAUUUAGUUUAUCAAUUUGUAUCAAAAUAUAAGAAUAAAGCACUGGGAAACUGUAACGUC